UUUUUACUAAGUUGUUAAUUUUUUUUUUGCUUUAGUUGCUCAGCAUUUCUUAAUAAUCCACCUUAACUGCAAUAAGAGGUAGAGGAGGGGUUUGAUAUUCUGCACGUUCAUGAGACAGAGGGAUACUAGAGUCCGCUGGGGAUACAGCAUCUGGUAGAGUACUGUAAUGCUGAGCAGCUGUGCCUUCGGAUGCCUCAUGACUAGCCUCUGAAAAUUCGAUGUCUACACCAACAGAUCCAGGUGCUAUGCCUCACCCAGGGCCUUCACCUGGGCCAGGACCUUCGCCAGGACCUAUUUUGGGACCUAGCCCAGGCCCAGGACCAUCUCCUGGCUCUGUACACAGCAUGAUGGGUCCAAGCCCUGGUCCGCCUAGUGUACCGCACCAAUUAUCCAACAUGGGGCCAUCAGAUUAUUCACAGGAAAGCAUGCAUCCAAUGCAUAAGCAAUCCAUGGAUAGUAUGCAUGACAAAGGAUUGUCAGAUGAAAUGCACUGCCCUACUUUGAAAACGUCAAACAUGAGACCUCCACAUGCUGGAAUGGGUCCCCCUCAAAGCCCCAUGGAUCAGCACAGCCAAGGCUAUUUGUCUCCACAUCCUUCUCCUUUGGGUGCACCCGAGCAUGUAUCCAGUCCUAUGUCAGGAGGAGGUCCAACACCACCACAGAUUCCAGCUACUCAACCAGGACUCAUGAUGCAAGGAGACCCCCAAGCUAUAGGUCAGCCCAACCGGGGCCCAUCACCAUUCAGUCCUGUCCAGCUUCAUCAGCUCAGAGCUCAAAUCUUAGCUUAUAAGAUGUUGGCUAGAGGACAGCCUUUAUCUGAAAAUCUGCAGCUUGCAGUCCAGGGAAAAAGGACCCUGCCGGGUAUACAGCAGCAGCAACAACAACCCCAACAGUCGCAACAGCAGCAAUCCCCUGCUAAUUACAGCAGACCUUCUAGUAUUGGAAUGCACCCAAUGGCUGUUCCUCCUGCUGGGCCCGGACCAGCCCCUGGAAUGACUGGGCAUGCAGCUAGCAUAACCCCAAAGCCAUGGGCAGAAGGUCAAAGUGCAGAUCUAAGUAUUCUUAGUACUCCUCAGAAGCUUUCGGUGCCACCCCCUAGUGGAAGACCUUCUCCUGCUCCUCCAGCAGCUCCUCCAUCUGUUGCUUUGCCUGGCCCAUCUGUACCACAACCAACUCCAGGACAGCCUGCACCUAUUGUUACUCUACAACAGAAACAGAACCGAAUCAGCCCAAUACAGAAACCUCAGGGCCUGGAUCCUGUAGAAAUACUACAGGAACGAGAAUACAGAUUGGAUUCAGAUAUUUCAAAUUUUAAAUUUAAAUUGGAAAACCUCCGUGGUAGUGUACCCCCGAAUCUUAGAUGCAAAAUAGUCAUAGAGGUAAAAAGUAUUAGAGUUCUUAACUUUUACUCCCAGGAACAGCUGAGACAAGAAGUAGUGGCAUGCAUGCGCCGAGACACUACGCUUGAGACUGCUCUUAAUUCUAAGGCUUACAAGCGAACUAAGAAACAAACUCUUCGUGAAGCUCGCAUGACUGAAAAACUAGAGAAACAGCAGAAGAUUGAGCAGGAAAGAAAACGCAGACAAAAACAUCAGGAAUAUCUUAACAGCAUAUUGCAACAUGCAAAGGAUUUUAAAGAAUAUCAUCGAUCGGUCACUGGUAAAAUUCAGAAACUAUCCAAAGCAGUUGCAACUUGGCAUGCCAAUACCGAGCGUGAGCAAAAGAAAGAAACUGAGAGAAUUGAAAAAGAAAGAAUGAGAAGAUUGAUGGCAGAAGAUGAAGAGGGUUAUCGUAAGCUGAUUGAUCAAAAGAAAGAUCGACGUCUGGCCUACCUGUUGCAGCAGACUGAUGAGUAUGUUGCAAACCUGACUAGCUUAGUAUGGGAACACAAGAAAGCACAGGCAGCCAAAGAGAAAAAGAAAAAGAAAAGGAAGAAGAAGGUGGAAGAGACUGUGGAAGGAAUGGGUUCUGGCCUAGGUCCUGAUGGCGAGCUUAUAGAUGAAAGCAGUCAGAUGAGUGAUCUUCCUGUAAAAGUUAUACACACGGAAACAGGAAAAGUACUUCUUGCACCAGAGGCUCCCAAAGCAAGUCAGCUUGAUACCUGGCUAGAAAUGAACCCAGGGUAUGAAGUAGCUCCCAGGUCUGACAGUGAGGAAAGUAACUCAGAGUAUGAAGAGGAGGACGAUGAUGAUGAAUCCAGCAGACUGACGACAGAUGAAAAGAAACGCUUAGGCCUGAAUACUGAAGACGUUGCAGAGGAAAAUGCUAAGGAAAUAAUUGAAACAGCCAAACAGGAUGUUGAUGACGAAUACAGCAUGCAAGAAGAUGCUCGCCAGUCUCAGUCCUACUAUGGUGUGGCUCAUGCAAAAAUAGAGCGUGUGGAAAAGCAAUCCUCUCUUCUUGUCAAUGGAACACUGAAACAUUACCAGAUCCAAGGCUUGGAAUGGAUGGUUUCUUUAUAUAAUAACAAUUUAAAUGGAAUCCUUGCUGAUGAAAUGGGGCUUGGAAAGACAAUUCAGACUAUUGCACUCAUAACCUAUCUGAUGGAGUACAAGAGACUUAAUGGCCCCUAUCUCAUUAUUGUUCCGCUUUCUACAUUGUCCAACUGGCAGUACGAAUUUGAUAAAUGGGCUCCUUCUGUGGUGAAAAUUGCUUACAAGGGAACUCCUGCCCAGAGGCGAUCCCUAGUCCCUCAGCUCAGAAGUGGGAAAUUUAAUGUUCUCUUAACAACCUAUGAGUACAUUAUAAAGGAUAAGCACAUCCUUGCAAAGAUCCGAUGGAAGUAUAUGAUUGUGGAUGAAGGGCAUCGAAUGAAGAACCACCACUGCAAACUUACUCAGGUCUUAAACACCCAUUAUGUUGCUCCAAGACGUAUUCUUCUGACAGGAACCCCACUCCAAAAUAAGCUACCUGAGUUGUGGGCUCUUUUGAACUUCCUUUUGCCUACCAUCUUUAAAAGCUGUAGCACUUUUGAACAAUGGUUCAAUGCCCCUUUUGCAAUGACAGGAGAAAGGGUGGAUUUAAAUGAAGAAGAAACUAUACUGAUCAUUAGACGUCUCCACAAAGUGUUGCGUCCAUUCCUGUUAAGGAGAUUGAAGAAGGAAGUUGAAUCACAGUUACCUGAAAAGGUUGAAUAUGUGAUAAAAUGCGACAUGUCAGCUCUUCAGAAGAUUCUUUACCGUCACAUGCAAGGGAGGGGUAUCCUUCUGACUGAUGGCUCAGAGAAAGAUAAGAAGGGUAAAGGUGGGGCCAAAACACUGAUGAAUACAAUUAUGCAGCUAAGAAAGAUAUGUAAUCAUCCUUACAUAUUUCAGCAUAUUGAGGAGUCAUUUGCUGAGCAUUUUGGAUACAGUAAUGGAAUCAUAAAUGGGCCUGAUCUAUAUAGAGCCUCAGGAAAGUUUGAGCUACUUGAUCGAAUUCUACCAAAGUUGAGAGCAACAAAUCAUCGAGUGUUGCUUUUCUGUCAGAUGACAUCUCUAAUGACCAUAAUGGAGGACUACUUUGCUUUCAGGGGCUUCCUUUAUCUGAGACUUGAUGGAACAACCAAGUCAGAGGAUCGUGCUGCAUUGCUGAAAAAAUUCAACGAAGAAGGUUCUCAAUACUUUAUCUUUUUACUCAGCACCAGAGCAGGGGGGCUGGGCUUGAAUCUUCAGGCUGCAGAUACAGUUGUUAUCUUUGACAGUGACUGGAAUCCUCAUCAGGAUUUGCAGGCACAAGACCGAGCCCACCGAAUUGGUCAGCAAAAUGAAGUACGAGUAUUGCGUUUGUGCACUGUGAACAGUGUAGAGGAAAAAAUUCUUGCAGCUGCCAAGUACAAGCUGAAUGUUGAUCAGAAGGUUAUCCAGGCUGGAAUGUUUGAUCAAAAAUCUUCAAGCCACGAAAGGAGGGCAUUUUUGCAGGCUAUACUGGAACAUGAAGAACAGAAUGAGGAAGAAGAUGAAGUUCCUGAUGAUGAAACACUGAAUCAGAUGAUAGCACGACAUGAAGAAGAAUUUGAACUGUUUAUGCGAAUGGAUCUAGAUCGGCGCAGGGAGGAUGCCCGCAAUCCAAACCGCAAGCCAAGAUUGAUGGAAGAGGAUGACCUUCCUUCCUGGAUUAUCAAAGAUGAUGCUGAAGUUGAGAGACUUACUUGUGAAGAAGAGGAAAAGAUCUUCGGAAGAGGAUCACGUCAGCGUAGAGACGUGGAUUACAGUGAUGCUCUCACAGACAAACAAUGGAUAAGAGCUAUCGAGGACGGAAAUUUAGAAGAAAUGGAAGAGGAAGUGCGACUGAAAAAACGCAAACGAAGAAGAAAUGUUGACAGAGAUUUUGUUAAAGAGGACGUGGAAAAGGCCAAAAAGAGAAGGGGACGACCACCAGCUGAAAAGUUAUCACCAAACCCACCCAAGCUGACUAAACAAAUGAAUGCUAUAGUUGAUACAGUAAUUAAUUACAAGGACGGGUCCGGGCGGCAGCUAAGUGAAGUUUUCAUACAGCUUCCUUCAAGAAAAGAACUACCUGAGUAUUAUGAGUUGAUACGUAAGCCAGUUGACUUCAAGAAAAUAAAGGAGCGAAUCAGAAAUCAUAAAUACAGAAGUAUUAGUGACCUAGAGAAAGAUGUCAUGUUACUUUGCCACAACGCACAGACAUUCAACUUAGAAGGAUCACAGAUCUAUGAGGAUUCAAUUGUUUUGCAAUCAGUUUUUAAGAGUGCAAGGCAAAAGAUUGCUAAAGAGGAAGAAAGUGAAGAUGACAGCAAUGAUGAUGAAGAUGAUGACGAUGAUGAUGAGUCAGAAUCUGAGUCAAAGUCAGUGAAAGUAAAGAUCAAACUAAAUAAGAAAGAUGACAAAAAUCGAGAGAAGGGAAAAGGAAAAAAGCGACAAAGUCGUGGAAAAGCCAAACCUGUAGUGAGUGACUAUGACAGUGAUGAAGACCAAGAUGAAAAUGAUCAAUCAGAAGUGAGUGGAAGUGAUGAUGAAUGAAAUUCAUGGGACCUGUUUUGUGGACGGACCUCUCCACAUCUAAGCUUCUACCCAAUCAAUUUUUUUUUCUAAAAAAAGAAAAGAAGUGCAAUGGGAUUUUUCUGUACUUUCAUCAUCUAGAAUUAACGUUAGAAUAGUGUCAAAUGAACAUGAUAUCAUUGUGUAAAAACAGAAAACUUUGUAAUAUAUUGUGACCAAAAUGGGCCUCCGACAUGAAGCAAGUAUCUCAAUUUUUGAUGGAAAACUGUGGAUCAGUAGUAUAUUUCUGUGGGUCAAAUUUCAGUUGAAAAUGGUUCAGCAUUGUGAAGAGCUGAAGACAUGAUAUUUUGUAGUAAUGUCUAAUGAGACAAACCAACAAAAGCAACUGGUUAUUUUAUUUUUCAUCAGGCAGUUUUAGCAGUUUUCAUUUUGCUAUUUCAGUAUUGUGUUUAUUUUGUUUUUUGUUUUUUAUCAUUGUGGUGCAUAUAUCCAAUUUUACGUCCUAGUUAACUUGUGGUGCUGGAUGGCUCUGUGUUGUUGCAUUACAUACAAAGGCGCAGCGGGACCAUGAGAUGUUAAAAUGCAGUAGUCUGGUUCCUCCCUCCCGCCCUCUCACCCAAAUUUUUACUUUUUUUUUUAGGUUUAUGUUCUUUGAUUUUAAAGUUCUUUAAAAUGCAUAUUGCUAAAGUAAUCAAUCUUUUACAGUUAUUUGUUAUGGGAAAAAAAAAGUUUAAUUCUGUUUUAAAUGUUGCAGACUAUAUAUAGCGUGAUGAAACACAUUUAUUUUCCUUUGUUUAAACUGACCUUUUGUUACCAAUGUGGAUAAUCAGCUUUUUUCCUAAAGUGUACUUAAUCUUUGCUUUCUUUGCACAAUGUCUUUGGUUGCUAUUCAUAAGCCUGAGGCAAAUAAAAUUCCAGCAAUUUUGAGAAAAAAAA